AUGGCAGCGCAGGUUUUGGGACGGAGGUUGUUGGGCGAGGUUGAGGAGGCCCGACUGGACGAGGUUUUCAAUUCCGUGAGGCUGUUCACGCACCCAGAGCCGAGCGAAGCGCGAUUCGGUAUUCCCCCGCUGGACCGCCUCUUGCGCUUAUUUGAGCAAUCACAUUCACGCUACCACGACCCGGGCUCUCCACCCCUCGACCAGGCUCAGAGACACCGACCUACUCCUACGCCUCCGCUGAUCGAGCUUACAUCUGCUGGUCCCGGCGCGGGCAAAACGCAGCUGCUCUACCUGAUCACCGCCCUGGCCAUCCUCCCCCGCGCCUACGCCAGCAUCGACCUCCAGGGAAAAGCGAGCGCCAUCGUCGUCGUCGACACCGACGGCCACUUCUCCGUCUCGCGGCUCGCAACCGUCGCAAAAGGCCACAUCGCCCGCUGCUGCCGCCGCCACGCACAACAGCAGCAACAGCAACGACGCCACCACGACGGCAUCGAGCCCGACAACAAUGACGACGGCGACGACGACAACCGUCACCCACUCAUCAAACCCGCCGCCGUAGACUCCAUCAUCGCCGCGGCCCUCACCCAUGUACACAUCCUCCAACCGCAGUCGCAAGCCGCGCUCCUGGACGCCCUGCGCGCCCUACCCACCUACCUCUUCUCGCGCUCCACCACCUCCACCACCACCUACCACCACAGCUCCGCGCACCGCCCACUCCACUCCAUCCUCCUCGACAGCGCCAGCGCCUUCUUCUGGCCCCUCCGCGCCGCCGAAGACGACGCCCGCCUCGCGAACGCCACCACCACCACCACCACCACAACAACAACAACACCAACGCCGCCACCAACAACCGCAUCAUCCUACACCGCCCUCGCCCGCACCCUCCUCACCCUCCGCACCCAACUCAACUGCGCCAUCGUCGCCACCACCGUCGCGUCGUCGUCAUCCGCCCCCCCUCAUUCCCGCCACCACGUCGACCCCUCCUCCUACUCCUCAAACCUCAAACCCCUCCUCCCCGCCACCUGGCCUGCCACCUUCGCGCCGUCGCUGCGCCUCGGCGUCGGACGGGCGGCCGUGCGCGGCUUCGCACCGGCGAUGAGCGUCGCCGAGGCGCGGCGGGAGCGGGGCUUGCGGCAGGGGGUGGUGGAGAGGGGGAGGUGCGGCGUGUGGGUUGAGGGUUCGAGUGCGACUGCUGAUCAGCUGGUGCGCGGCUACGUCUGCUCGGGGCCGAUCAUGGGGGCUGAGGGGUGGGUGGUUGAUGUGAGGGGGGAUGGGGUGGUGGUGGUGGUUGGGGAGGAGGAGGAGGGUGGUGGUGGUGGGAGCGGGGGGGAAGGGGGAGAGGGGGAGAGGGAGGCGGAGGCGGAGGCGGAGGGGGAGAUCUGA